ACGUGACCUCGCGGCCCGGCCGCCAUUUUGUUCUGGGUUCCCCGCACACUGAGGAGGUGGCGGAGGGAGCGUGACGUGUGGUGACGUAACGAGGACUAUCGCGACCCGAGCGACAGCUGCAGAGGGACGCACGGAGGGAGGGGAGCCGGCGAGGGGCCCCUGUGGCAAAGCGGAGACCGCGAGAGGCGCUGGGGCCUCGGGAGGGACAGACGCCUCAGACGUAACGCGCGGGCCUCACGUAUCCACUCAGCAAUACAGGCCCCGCACUCUCACGCACAUAUCUCUCUCUCUCUCUAAAUAUAUAUAUAUAUUCAUCUGAAUAGGCCUCAGCUCCUCACACGGACACCCGCCCAGCACAGGCCAAUGACAGGCGCACACGUCUCCUGGAGCUCAUAGGCCUCGCCCGCCGACAUUCUCUCGCUCUCUCUCUCUCUCUCUGACCCCUGCAGGGACCCGUAGCCUCAACUCUGCCUCCUACCCACACGCACAACUGCUACUGCCCCACAUACACAACUACCGCCUCUAUCCUAAACCAGGGGCCCCACAUACACAGCUACAGCCUGUCUCCUUAGCCAGGGGCCCCACAUACACAACUACAGCGUCUAUCCUAAACCAGGGGCCCCACAUACACAACUACAGCCUGUCUCCUUAGCCAGGGGCCCACAUAUCAGUGUCCAUACAAGUAGCCUCCACAUAGGGUCAGGUGUGAGAGAGCAGAGUGAGGCUGCUGGGCUGUAGAGAGGGUCACUUCUGUACACACUGACUUAUCUCCCUAUAGAGAGGCCGGGUGUUCUAGUUGUGCACAUGAGCAACAAGGAUAUACAUGAUACACAGGCCUCUCUAUAGCUAAGAGACUGUGGAGCAGCUGAAAGCCCCAUAUAUAUAUUUUAUAUAUAGAGUCUUAGGAACGGACAUUGUGACUCGUUACAUAGGGAAACCACAGAGGCCUGAGCCCCGUUCUGUAUAAAUAUAUAUAUAUAUAAGUAUAGAGAGAGGCUAUAGCCAGAGGGCACAUGUUUACAGGACUGGUAGCCAGUGUCAGUAUAUGCAAACACAGAGCUUGGUGAGGCUACUAUACACACAAGGGACUGAGCAUGGCACCCAGGAGACUUCAGGCUUAAUUACAUGUAGUAUGUCAUGUAUGUUAUGUAUGUAGUGACCCACACACGUACACAAAGCAGGAGGGACACGUGUAACAUCUGGAUUCACAGACUUCAGUAGUGACCAGUGCUGGCCACCCAAUUGGUUCCAUUUAAGCCAAGGAAUAUUGUGUGAAACGUACACAGGACUCUUCAGGAUUGGACCCCCGGGGGCAGCAACACCCUUGUACUGAAGGACCAGCGCCCCCUGAUUAAAGCUACUGGACUGGACAACAUUCAGCUCAUAGUGACAGCAAGGAUAUAGCGCCAGUUGAAAGGUACCUGAACACCCAAUCAAUAUGGCUGCAGAAACCCUAAACUUUGGGCCUGAAUGGCUCAGAGCACUAUCCAGUGGGGGCUCCGUGGCCUCCCCACCCCCCUCCCCCGCUAUGCCAAAGUAUAAACUUGCUGAGUAUCGCUACGGACGUGAGGAGAUGUUAGCACUUUAUAUCAAGGACAAUAAGGUUCCAGAAGAAAUGCAGGACAAGGAGUUUGCUGUGAUUGUGAAUGAGGAACCCCUGCAGCCUCUGGCUCUGCUUCCACUCACUGAGGAGGAGCAGAGGAACUUCUCGUUAUCGGUGAACAGUGUUCCAGUUCUUAGAUUAAUGGGGAAAGGGGCAACAACAGCACCAGCCAGUGGGGCAACAAGAGGCAGAGGCACCACUCGGGGGAGAGGUAAUGGGAGAGGUCGGGGAGAUUCCACUCUUUACCCACGACCAUUAGAUGAGCAAGACUCUGGGUUUGGCCGUGGUGGAAGAGAGAUUCAUCGGAGUCAGAGUUGGGAAGACAGAGGAGAGCGGAGGUUUGAGAAGCCAAUUCGGCGAGAGGCUGUUCAUGUCGGGUUUGAAGAGUCUGGUGCCCCCUCUCGGAAAGAGUUUGCCCGGUCAGACAGUGAAAACUGGCGCACGUUGCGUGAAGGGCAAGAGGAAGAUGAGGAUGGCAACUGGAGACUGGCUGUGACUAGGAGAGACGAGAGGUGGAGAUCCACUAGUCCUGCUGCCAGCACUGGAGAGGCUCCACGUUCUGCUGGUUGGAGGGAUCAUGGGGAACGGCGCAGAAAGUUUGACUUUGAAAGCGGCUCUACUCCCCAUUCUGGUGGUCGGACAGGGGACAGCGCACAGGAAGAUGAGAGGGACGGCCUCCCCGAGUGGUGCAUGGAAGAUGAGGACGAUGAGAUGGGAACGUUUGAUUCCUCUGGGGCUUUCUUCUCUUUUAAGAAGAGCCCUAAAGAGACCAUCAUAGAGGAACAAGAGCUGGAGUUCCUGGGAGUUGAGGAAGAAGAGCAUAAAGCAGAGGAGGGAUCUGUUAGGCCUGAGGAUGAAGAUUCCUCCAUUGCCCACGAAGAUGCUACUCCUGAGGUUGUUGUCAGCUGUUCUGCUCCUCCUAACCUGAUAUGGGGAGGGUCUUUGUAUACUGAUGAUGAGGAAGAGACAUGCCCUGAAUUGCCCUCUGCUGAUGGAGAAGAUCUGGUGCAGGGAGAGAAGCAACAGGGACCAGGAGAGGAAGGCGAGUGUAAUGCUGGUGAUCCUGGAACCUUCAUUCCCCUGUCUCUGUCCCCUCCUACCUCCUCCUCCCCCCCAGUUGCUGCUACUGAAUUUUCUGUGGGGGAUCCAGAGGAGGAUGAAGGAAUGAAGCAUCUCCAGCAGGAGGCUGAGAAGCUGGUGGCUUCCCUACAAGAUUCCUCCCUGGAAGAAGAUGGAUUCUCCUCCACUCGCUCUCAUAAUGCUGCUGCUCUCCCACUGUCUCAUGAAGCUGCAAUGAAAUGGUUCUACAAGGAUCCACAAGGAGAGAUUCAGGGUCCAUUCACCACACAGGAGAUGGCAGAGUGGUGCCAGGCUGGAUACUUCACCAUGUCCCUGUUAGUGAAACGAGGUUGUGACGAGGGAUUCCAGCCCCUUGGGGAGGUCAUCAAGAUGUGGGGGCGUGUCCCCUUUGCACCCGGGCCCUCCCCUCCUCCCCUGCUGAGUAAUAUUGAUCAGCAGAGUCUGAAGAAGCAGCAGGAAUUAGCUCUGUACCAGCAGCUGCAGCACCAGUAUCUGCUCCAGGUCAUUAACCGGCAGCAGUACCCCCAAAAGACUGGAGAUCUGACUCCUCAGCAGCAGCAGCAAUUGGCUCUUUUCCUGCAGCAGCUAAACCCUUCAAAAUCCAGAUCAUCUGAGUCUGCUCUCCUUCCUGCUAUGAAUAGAUCUCUCUCUGUGCCAGACACUGGAUCCCUGUGGGAUCUACAUACCUCAGCUACGCAGACAUCCGGUGGGGACCCUGCACUGUGGGACCUGCCCGGUACAACUGCAUCUCAGGGGCCAACAUUGGAACAGCAGCUGCAACUGCAUCAGAAGCUGCAGGAACGCCGAGAUGCCGAACUCAGGGCCAAGAGGGAGGAGGAGGAGAGAAAGAGAAGGGAGGAAAAGAGGCGCCAGGAAGAGCAGAAGCGACGAGAAGAAGAGGAGAUAUACAGACGCAAGCAGCAGUCCCGCCAGCAGCAAGAACUGCUCCUGAAGCUUCUCCAGCAGAGUGGCCAGCAAUCUCCACCAGCUGCAUGGGGGUCUCACGGGAAGGGACUGUCUCUUAAAGCCAUGUUGGAGAUGCAGGAGAGAGAGGGGCAGCUACUGAAGCAGAGAGGACAGACAUCAAGGCCAGGGCAUGGAAAUUUAGGAAUGUCUAAUGCUUCGGUUCUGUCCUCUCAAUGGGGGGCUGAGUCUGGCUCUCUUUGGGGUGGGCCUGAAAAGAGCCUUUGGGAUGACGGUGUAAAAUCUACAAGCAGUUGCAGGGGGCUACGUAACAGCAGGAGCAGCCCUUCUCUGACAGAUACAUACGCUGCCUCUGCUCGCCGGAAGAAAACCGAAGAGGAAGAGAAGCUUCUGAAACUUCUGCAGGGAUUCAAACCGUCUGACGGUUUCACUCAGUGGUGUGAACAAAUGUUACACAUCCUCAACACCUCCAACAACCUGGAUGUCCCUACAUUGGUGGCCAUUCUGAAGGAGCUGGAGUCGCCCUACGAUGUUCAUGAUUAUAUUCGAUCCUGCCUGGGAGAGACUCUCGAAGCCAAAGAAUUUGCUAAACAAUUCCUUGAACGGAGAGCAAAGUACAAAGCCAGCCAGAGGCAGCAGCUUCUGGAUACCUCCUGGCUGGCUCCAUCCAUGUUCCCGUCAUCCCAGAACUCCAAGCCAAGCGCAUAUGAUACACAAAGCAACAAAAUGAAGAGGAGGAUCCAAAUGUUACACUCAGACCCCAGCAUAUUGGGUUACUCCCUCCAUGGCUCCCCUAAUGAAAUGGAAGCCAUUGAUGACUACUGAAGAGACGUCUUUUCCCUGACGCCAUUUUUUAUUUCAAUUGCCGCCCCAGCAGCGGCGCCUAAUGCACUGCAAACUCUCCCCUCCCUCUCGAAGAGGUUUAGGGGCUUAUAGACUGGGAGAGAAAGGGGGUACUUGGUAUCUCAGCCAGAGCCAGGGAGGAGGGGGUGGAGCUACAAUAAGGGGAAACCCCUGUCUCCUCCCCCCACUCCCCAAAACAUAUGAUGCACUCAUUUUAAAGCACCUUAAAAAAUGCACUUUACAGAAACUGAUCAAAAUUAUGAACUAUUCCUUUUUUUUCUUUGGAAUUUUUUGUUCAGUUGUUUUUUUUUUUUAUAUAAAAAAAAGUUUUGAAAACCAUCCGAAAAAGGAGGGAAAACUGGAUAUAGCGACUUUUUGACUGUUUAUUAAUAGUUUGACAUUAUUUUUGCGUUGACUUUUUUUUUUUUUAUUCUAUGACUAUUUUUUAACUUGACAGUUUCUGACUUGUUUUUUUUUGUAUCCAAAAGUGAAGUUUUCGCGCAAAGAAAAAAAAAAACUAUUAAAGAAAAUUAUUUUGAAAAAUGCAGCCAAAAACACUUAUUUUUUUGUUAGUCUUUUUUUCCUCUAAAUCUAUUUUUGUUUAGAAAAAAAAGAAGAAAAAAAAAAGAAAUACAAAAACAACAUCUGAAAAGAGAAAAAAAAGCUUAAAUUUUUUGCGCUUUUUUUUUAGCAAAGCGGAAGAAUUCCGCGUUGAGUUUUCUCUUGGAGAGAGGAGAAGCGGAUAAUCCAUCAAAACUUGAAAGAAUGCACUUAUUUAGCUAUUUUUGGGGUGGGGGGGGAAUAUUUGCAUUUUAAUGGUUCAUUUUUGCACAAAUAUAAACAUUUGUUUUUGUUAAAAAAAAACUGUUAAAAAAAAAAAAUAGGAAAAAAAAUCGUUUUCUACCCCCCUUGACAACCACCUAUUGUCCCCUUGAAGGAUCAUUCGACCUUCUUUCCAAUCCCCUCCCUGAUCUUGUGUCCUGUGAAGGAUGUGAUGUCACAGUGGGCGGGUUCACGCCGGUGCUUUCUACGGACUAUGAGGCGCCUGUUACCAGCCCAAAAAGCCCACGUGACUCCUCCUCCUGCAGCGGGAGGGGUGUGGCUACACCUCUGCUCAUUCUCAUAGGGGAAAGAUUGAAUAUCACUUUUCUUUUUAAAGGAACUGAUUGGUUCGUAUGGUACCUGCUCAUCACAGAUGUGUUUUUGGUUUGUGUUUAAUCCUGCUUUUGUUUACAAAUGUCCUGGAGAAAGGACGCCAUUGCUAAUGACGGAACAGUGGGAGAGUCCUCCGACGAGGCGGGACCAUGCCCAAAGCUACAAAAAGAACUUGCCCGAGAGGGCGGGAUAUGGAGAAAGCCUUUUAUUGGGUGUCAAUUGCCUUAAUUUCGACAUGGAAACUGUACGCUGCCCCGAGCGCAAGGAUCCUUUACGGAACACUUUGGGAAAUGGAGCAGCAGAUAAGGAUGUCUACCCUUAAUUACCAACCACCCAACGCUUGUCUGUCCCACUGUACGCAGCGACUAGUGGGGCUCAGACCACCGUGAUAAUGUGACUGGCGACUCCUGGAAGUGGAGUUCCAAACAAACCAGUGUUUCUGGCCGAGGCCGGCCACAGACUCGUAAUUGUGACACUUGUGUGUUGUGUAAAUAGAACUGCAGCAGGGGAAGCGCUCAUUUGCCUAAAUCCACCUGUUUUAUGCCUAAAAAGACUCUCUUGUUUUUGCUGUGGGUUUCAUGUGUAUGUUUGCCGCAAGAAUGUAUUCGGGCAGGAGCUGGCAUCCAGCAAUGUUACUGCCGAUGUAGCCCCGAGGGCGGGCGAGGACUCUGCCCUAUUGGGGAAAUGUAAAUAGUUCGGGCCCCUGUGCAGGCUCUGUAUUGGGGGUAUCCAGCAAAAAGUGGGUCCCUGCAAUUGCAGUGUGUAUAAAAUGGGGGGGGGGAUUUUUUCCUUUUGUCUACUGUGCUGAAUGUAACUCAUUUUUAUGUUUGUGUAUAGCAUCACGCAGACUCCCUUUAAUGUGCAGGCCUGGAAAUAGCCACGCCCCUUGUAAGUAUCUCCUCCCCCUCCACAACAAUGGUGUAUUCCAGCCCUGCACACACAUACAUAUAUGCAUUUCUAUAUGAUUGUGCCUGUGUAUAGUAGGGAUGCACCAAAUCCUAAUUUGCAUAUACAAAUUAGGGGUGGAUAUUGGAAAACCUUUUUUACUUCCAUGUUUUGUGACAAAAAGUCACGGUAUUUCCCUCCAUGCCCCUAAUUUGCAUAUGCAAAUUCAGAUUUGGUUCGGCUGAAAAAAAAAAUCUGGAUUUGUUGCAUCCCUAGCUAAUAUACAACAAUAUAAGCUAAUAGUCAGGCAUACUGGGCUCUAUAGGAUGUAUACAUGCACAUCCAUAUGUCACACUGUAAAUAAACCUCUGUGUGUGUCUAUAGAGAAAUGCCUGCGCUGGUGUAAAUACACACGAAACACAGCUUA